AUGGACAACGGAAACCAGAAGAAUCCCACAGUAAUUGAUGUCCUCAACUCUCUGUUGAAGGCGCAAACAGGACAGGAGGUCUCUGAGCAAAAUGUUGCUCAGCUCCUCAUCAGCAAUAUGACAACACUGGUUCAGCAAGGGAAGCUCAGCCAACAACAAAUCCUCCAGGCGCGUUUUUCGUGCAAUGCUGGUCUUUUUUUCGUUGGAAUAACAGAUUCUUUGAAACGAUAUGCCGAUCAACACAAGAACAAUCCUACUGUACCAACUUCGACGGGGACACCCACGGCGUCUACGUCGUCUGCUGCACAGUCUAGUCAUCCGGCAUUCAAAGGGGCGACAGACUCAGUUCCUAACCUUGCAAACACUCCUUCAGAGACCGCGUAUCCUAUAAGCUCAAACCUCAAUCAUAUAACGAAUCCGGGAGCUGUACAAUGGACACAAACGCGACCGACACUAACGGGUGGUAUUCCCAGUGGACGCAUGUCUGGUACCCCCGCUCAGAUUGCCCGUCCAGCUGAUGAUUCGACAAUGCUGUCUUUGGAUGACAAUCGAUCGCGGCGGAAAAACACCCCUGGAGAUCAGAGUAUGCGACGAACAAUACAAGACCUAGUAGCAAGUGUGGAUCCGAACGUAAAGAUAGAGCCAGACGUAGAAGAUCUGCUUCUAUCGAUAGCAGACGAGUUUAUAGACUCGGUAACAAAUUUUUCAUGCCGACUAGCGAAGCAUAGAGGCGGAGAUACGCUAGAAGUUCGCGAUUUACAGUUACAUUUAGAACGAAACCACAAUAUUCGAAUCCCCGGAUUUGCUUCUGAUGAAACACGCAUAUCUUUGUCACAGUCAUCAGUUGCUCCCGUUGCUCCUGCUCCCCAGGCCAAAAAGACAGCACAAGGAACCCAUAUGACGUUGCGGAGUCAACGCCUCAAUCAAGUCCAGCAAGCCAAGAGAGAGGCAAAGUUGAUGUAA